GUAAGAUAUGAUGACUCCUACAACAAUAAUCACAAAAGCAGCGUAAGCAGAAAGUACCAUUGUCGUUAUAUCGCAUCGUCGAUCCAUCCGGCGCACGUUAGCAAUUCUUUGAUUAUAUAUUACCGAAGUCCGUUGACGUUCUCAUCUCCGGCCGGCCUCUCCGAUUUCUAUUUCCGAUCACGAGUUGUUGCAAUAGGAUACUGGACGAGGUGAGAUCGGGGUAUUCCACGUGCUCAAAAGAAAAUAUGACGGAACAGAGGAAAGUUCCAUGUUUGCUUGAUCUUUGUGUUCAAACAGCAGUAGAUAAUGUUAGGUAUCUUGGGGAUGUUGGGGAAACAGAUAUACAUCUCCUUGGGCGCAUUUUACCACACUGUACAUUUGAUCAGUUGAUGCAUGUCGAGAAUUCGACAGAAGGAAGAGAUCUUAGCCCAGUAACUAAUAAACUGUGGAAGAAGUUUUAUGAGAAACAAUUCGGUGCUAAGAGUACCGAUCUUGUAGUUGAGAGGAUGAAACAGAGGAAAGUGUCAUUUAAAUGGAAACAAUUGUAUGAGGCAAAGACAAAAGACUUGGAGGCGGCUCAACAAAAGUCAUUUGAUCGAAUCAAGGAACUAUAUAAGAAGGAAGAUGCUCGGAAGCAAAGUCGUCAAGUUCAGAUUUGCACAAAGGUUCCACCUUCAAGCAGUAAAAGAAGCUUCUAUGGAGGUGGACCUGGUAGCAAUAUCUCCAAUACGAAGAGCAACAUGAUGAAGAAGGCAAAACUGGAAUUUCUCAAUAGUCGAGAGGUGAAGAAUUUAGCAGCUAUGAAGAACAACUCCUUGCAAAGGAAUCACUGUAUCUCUUCUAUGAGGAAGCCAGGUGGUUUCUCUGGGACAAGUUGUACUUCUACUCCCAAACUUACUAAGCCGAUUGGGAGGAGAGUCUAGAAGACCUUUUGUCAAUAUUGGGCGUUGCCGUUGGAUGAGCAAUGUUUGGAUGAUUUGAGCCUCACAGCAUGGUUCAAAAGUUUAUUUGAAUCUGCUUGUCUUCAUUCCAAGAAGAUGAUUAAAUGUUGUUGUUAUCUGUGUUUUUCACAUUUGAUUUUAAUAUAAUUUCAAAUUGGUGACAUAUUCACAUGUACGUUGACAAUGAUUUUUGUAAUCUAGUCAUUCAGUUUUGAUUCAAA